AUGGCGCAACUCCGGCAGCGGCGAGACAACGACGGAAGCCGCGGAGGGCGCCGGACGACGGAGACGCGAUCUGCAGGCGCCGAGGCGGCAGCCGUGUCCCCACGUGGACCGCGAGCUGCACCUCCGACAGUCUUCCUUCUUUUUUUUUUCUUGAUUUUUGAUUUUUACUGUUUCUGAAAAAAAAAGUUUUGAGCUUUUCUGAAAUAUAUAAUUUAAAAAACCAUUCCCAUAUUCUUCUCAAUGCGCUCUGUCUUCAUAGCGACCAAGAUCUUUAGAAAUCUGAGCUUUAAAUAGAAGCGGAAAAAUCGUUAACAGUGCGCUCCACGGAUAAAAAAAUAUAUAAAAAAAUAGCUUUUUCUGCCAAUAGAGAGAAUAUAAUCCUGUUAUAUCUCACAUGAAUCCUUUAAAUUAGGUUUACUAAAAAAAACGUCCUCAAUUUUCCCCAUGUUUCACCUAAAAAAAAACAAACAAAAGCAGAAACUGCAGUAAAAAUUGAAUAUUGGCAAAAUUUAAAAAAUACCUUUUCGCGCCGUUUUUUUCAUUCAUUAAUCCAGCGCAAGUCUUCCCACUAAUUCUUGGGCAGUUUUCAAUUUUCUAUCAUUUUUUCUUUCUAGAUAUAUCGAGGCGUCAGAUUUUCAUCAACUUCAAAAGAUGCCGGCACUCAGACGCAUCCAAAACAUUUUUUUCAAAGGUUCCAUCAGAAAAUGUUGCAAAAAAGCACUUAAUGUCAAUUUUCCAGUAAAAUUUGUCAUUUACGAUCUUUUGGAGCAAUAAAACAAAGGUUUUAUCAUUGAAAAAAACGUCACGGACCGCAAAAUGAACCUAUUUUCUGAGUAAAAAGAGCAUUUUUGACGAAAAACAGCGUCAAGAGAUUUUUUAUAGAGUUUAGUCUGAAAAUUCAUUGUUUGAACUCAGAAAAAGGCCUAAAAAUAGCCGCCGACUCUCACGUGACAAACCUUCAAAGAUUUCCCUCAAAAUUUCGCUUUUCUCUAUCUGAAUGUUGCGAUUUUUCGGUUUUUCAAAUUUCCCAUUGGUUCUUCAUGAGUUCCUGUGUAACUCAGUGACUCUCGAAACUUGUUAAAAAAAUUGUUUUUUUAAUUUAUAAAAAGAAAAACUUUGAAACUUUUUCAUUGGAAACUGGGCCAUUAAAGGUAUUUUAUUGGCGCAUCAGCCAAGGACAUCAGACACGAGAAAAAAAAGCCAUUAAGAGUGCCGAAAAGUGUCCUGGGGUGAGUUUCGAUGGGCUCACAGAUUCUUUUUUUCGUUGAACAGUGUGAAGAGUUUAGUUUGUGUGUAGUUUGAAGUUGAGAACCGAGUUUGGGAGUAGUUUGACGUUGAAAAUGUGGAAAAUCAGCGCCAAAUUAAUGCCGUUUUCAAAGUAAUUUCCGCGAAACGCAAAAUUAUUUCUGACUAUCCAAAGUUUAGUCAUCUUUUUCUUUCUCUGACGGCUUUGUUGGAUUUCGCGGAAGCACUUUGAACACGGCAUAACAUGAAAAAAAAGCAAUUUAUGGAGGAGCUGAAUGUUUUUUUUCUGAGCUACUGUAAGCAAAAGUCCGUACAAGGUGUGUGUGCACAAACUCGAGCCCGCGGCCGCGCAGCGGGAUUUCCUUCAACUUUUGGACUUUACUGCUUUUUGUUUAUUGAUGCUGUUCUGAGUCUUAAAAUGUCCUCGCAAAUUUUUUUUUUAAGCAUUCGAUCAGCCUUCUUUUGUUUUAAUGGAGUUUUAUUCUGAUUAAAGACAUUUCUUUUGUAAUUUUUGUCGUCCAAUUUUCUCUUUUCAGUGAUUCAAUACGUUCCUAUCUAUAUUACCAUAUUUUUAAUUGUUCGAAAAGUCACUUUAGUUGCAUUUUAGACAUGAGGUUGCUGCAGAGAAAUGCAGCAGCGACGACAUGGCGACGCCUGGCCCAUUCGCUGCGAAACCAGCCGACGCUCGCGAUUCGUCGCGAAACCGUCAACGCCUGGGAACGUCGCGCUCCUUUGGCUCCAGUCCAUGUGAAGCGACUCGUCAAAUCGGGCAUCAAUGUCAUUAUUCAGCCCAGUAAUCGACGAGCUUUCCCUAUCCAGGUUUUUUUUCGCUUUCAUAACUGAAGUCAAUACAUUUUGGAACCGCUAAGAUGCUCUAGAAGGUUUUAUAUAGCUUGAAAACGCAAGUUUUCGUUGAAAUUGUUUGGUUAAUCGAUUUGAAAAAAAGAAAAAAUCGCAAAAUAUUUUUUUAGGACUACAUUUCCGCUGGGGCCGUUGUGAAGGAGGACCUAUCUGAAGCUCAAAUUAUCAUGUCCGUUAAAUCAGUGAGUUUCAGAAUUAUUUUUAGCCCUAAAUUUCAAUUUUCCAGGUACCUAUCGAUCAAUUAAUCCCAGAAAAGACCUAUUGUUUCUUCUCCCACACGAUCAAGGCGCAGCAGGAUAAUAUGGAAAUGCUCGAUACGAUCCUUCAAAAGGUAAUUUUUACCUGUUUUGAGAAUAUUCAGCUUUGUUUAGAACAUCCGAUUGAUCGACUACGAGAAAAUCGUGGAUAGUCGAGGAAAACGGCUGGUUAUGUUUGGAAAAUGGGCCGGAAACGCCGGUUUCAUCGAUAUUUUGCAUGGUUUGGGGCUCAGGUUUGUUGAAAAAUUGAAAAAAAAUAAGAAAAGAUAAAUUUCAGAUUACUCGCCUUGGGCCAUAAUACUCCAUUUCUGCACAUGGGUCUUGCCCACAAUUAUAACGAUUCCCACAUGGCGAUCAAUGCCUUGAGAGAUAUUGGCUAUGAAAUCGCAUUGGAUCGGAUGCCGAGGUGAAAAAAUCAGAAAUUCAGAAAAAAAUCUUUUAAAUAAGCAUGUUAUCAGUAAAGUAAGGUAAAAAGCUUGGAAAUUCCCGGAAAAUUCGAAAAAAAGACAUGAAAACUCAGAGAAAACUUGAGAAAAGGCGUAUUGUCAGUAAAAAAAUUAGUUAGAAAAAAAUCAUUAUUUAAGAGGCAUGCAACCAUUAAAAUUUGAUUAAAAGCUUGGAAAUUUUGAGAAAAAUUUGGAUACCAGAGAGAAUAGUUAGGCAUAUUAUGAAUAAAAAUUUUGUAAAAAGUUUGGAAUUCCAGAAAAAUUUUUUUCUAAUAUAAGAAUGAUAGGUAAAAAAAGCCCAGAGAAUCUUUUUUUGAACUUCUAGUUGCUUUCCAGCAUAUUUUUUUAUUUUGAAAAAGAGAAAUAAUAAAAAAAUAUUUUGGUGAAAAAUUAGCGAAUUUCCUUUUUGAGGGGCUUUUUUUCGUUUUUUUCCUGAGAAAAAUUAAGGUUCAAGAGUUUUUUUCCAUGAGCUUUCAAUUCUCUGAAAUAAGCAUUAACUAAUAACUCAUUGUAAAAAAAAAACGCGAAAAAUAAAUCUGAACGAUUUUCACUACAAUUUUUUCCCUUUUUCAACUCUCCCGAUCAUUUUUGGGCUUUUUACUUUUUUCGUUUGCUCCUCCAAGUUUUCUAGUUCAACGAUUACUUGUAAAAACCUGUUUUUUCGUCUAAAUUCAUCAUUUUUUCGAUUUUCCUUCUCAAAACUGAUUCAAAAAAACUGUCCCUUUCUUAUCAUUGAAGUCUUGAUUUUUAGAUCCCUCGGCCCCUUGAUUUUCGUUUUCACCGGGUCCGGAAACGUUUCCCAAGGAGCUCAGGAGCUUUUCGAACAUUUACCCCAUGAAUAUGUCGACGUGGCGACUUUGCCCAAAGUUGCCAAGAAAGGACGUUAGUUUUUAUUAUCCUUGAUUUUUUUACUUAUCGAUUUUUAGAACUGAACAAAGUCUACGGUUGCGUCGUCACCCGAAAAGACCAUUUUGUUCCGAAACAUGGUAAUUUUAAAGAAAAAUUAUGAAAUAUAUUGAAUUUUUGAAUUUUCAGGCGGUCCUUUCGAUCAUGCAGAGUUUAGCGAGCAUCCCGAACGAUUUACUUCGAAAUUUGCGACGGCUGUGAGUUUAAAAAAUGGAAAAAAAUGGGUUACUGUAGCUACUCGGUGUUUGCGGUCGACUGCAGAAUACAUUUAAUUCCACGACUUUUUUUCUCAAAUUUAUUUUGCUCUUUUUUUUGAAUUCAUUACCAUUUUAGACGUUGAAAAAAUAAUUUUUCACACUUUUCAGAUCGCCCCCUAUGCCUCCGUUAUCAUCAAUGGUGUGUAUUGGGAUUCCCAUUCGCCGCGUUUAAUCACGAUUCCCGACGCGAAAAAUUUGCUAACCCCUGUUCAAAAAGUUGGAAAAUACGAGUUUUCUAAGAAAUUUAUGAUUUUUCCAGUACGAAACUCCGGGCUGUCCGACCUUGCCGCAUCGCCUGGUGGCCUUGUGCGAUAUUUCCGCAGAUCCAGGAGGUACUGUAGCUUUUAUUCAGUUGUGAGAAAAUAACUGAUUUUUGAGAGCUGCAAAUGAUUUUUUUAAAGAUGAUAUGCUUUUUGUUUUUGUACGGAAUUCUACCUGAGUCGAUUUUUUGAUCUUUGUUCAUGUUAUAAACUGAAAACAUCUGGAAGAAUUAAUUACAGUAAGCUCUUUCCGCAGAUAUGAAGGGUACUGUAGCUUUUAUUCAGUUGUGAGAAGAGAACUGAUUUUUGAGAGCUGUAAAUGAAUUUUUUCAGUUAAGAGAUGAUUUUUAUCCUUUUUUUCGUACUGAAUUUUUUCUGAGUCGAUUUUUCCACCAGUUUUUUUGCUGUAUUCUGAAAAUAUCUGAAAAAAUAAUUACGGUAACUUUUUUUCGCAGAUAUAGGGGGAUACUGUAGCUUUGAUUUAACUGUGGGAAGAGAACCGAUUUUUGAGAGCUGUAAAUGAUUUUUUUUUUUGUCAAAAGAUGAUUUUUAACUGUUUUUCGUACUAAAUUCCACCUGCACAAAAUUUUUACUGAUUCAAAUUUUCCAUGUCAAAAUCUGAAAACAUCAGAUUACAGUAACCUUUUUCCGCGAAUCCAGAGGGUACUUAAUGUAGCUUUGAUUGAGCUGUAAGAAGUGAACCGAGUUUUGAGAGCUGCAAAUGAGUUUUUAAAAAUAGCCAGGAGAUGAUUUCGCAUCAUUUUCUUGUACAAGAGUUUACCUUAUUCAAUUUUUUUAAUAUUUACAUCUGAAUCAUAGUUACAGUAACCUUUUUAAAGGCUCAAUCGAGUUUAUGCGCGAGUGCACCACCAUUGACAAGCCUUUCACCAUCUACGACGCCGAUUUCAACACUUCAACUGAUAGGUUUUUGCCUUGAAAAAUGAAAAAAAAAAUGAUUUUUUUUUUCAGUUUCGGCUCUCCAUCGGGCUGUCUUGUGUGCUCCAUUGAUAAUAUGCCCGCCCAGAUGCCAAUCGAAGCCACUGAACAGUUUGGCAACCUGCUUUAUCCCUACGUUAAGGAUAUUGUGAGUGGGGGUUUUUGGAAAUUGAAGGAAUAAGGGACCCCUUUAGGGACUACUCGGGGGACUUUUAGUUGAAUUUUGAGUGGGAGAUUUAUGUUUAAAAUCGUCUGAAAUUGAAAAAAAAAAAAUAAGACUUUACUUUAUUUCUGUGUAAUAGUGUGAUUAGGGGAGAAAGAAUGGAAUUUUCUUCUUAAAAAUAUAGAAUUUUGAGAAGUUAUAGUAACUCCUGGCUAAAGGAUGCUGGAUUUUUGACUUUUUGAAGUUUUCCAACAUUGAAAAAACAGAAAUCAUCUCGUUUUCCAGAUGAAAUGCGCCACGAACAAGGCCUUCGAUUCACUUCAGUGCCGUGACGAAGUCAAAAACGCGAUUAUCACGGAUUCCGGAUCACUCACCCCGAAUUACACCUACAUCGAGCAGUUGAGAAAGGAUCAGGCGAUGUUAGUACUGGAAAAACCAGAAAAUUUGGGUUCAGAAGCGAAGAAAUGCAUAUAUAGAACAAGAGAAAUUAAUGCUGCGUCAAAAAAUAAGUUAAAAAUCAUUAAAAAGCAAGGAAAAACAAAGAAAGGCAGCUGAAAAGCUUGAAAUUCGACUUUCAUCUGUGGUAUAGGGUAUUUAGCGGAUGAAAACUAUAGGAGAAGCUUUAAAAAAAGGAUUUAAUUUUUCAUUUUAAGUUCUGUAGAGCUUGAAUAAUUCGAAGUAUUUCAUGUAAAUAGGGAAAUCAGAACAGAAAAUAGCUAGAAAAUAGGAAAAAAAAGAGGUCAAGGGAAAACAGGAAAAAUUAGGGAAGGAGUGGAAAAAUUGAAGUGAUGAAGAAAUGUAUAAAAAUGAAAAAAAAAGCGCCAAUGAAUAGAGAAAAUAUCAAUUUAGAACUGAAACUAACAUAAAAAUCAUAAAAACGUGACAGAAGUACACAAAGAAGACUUUAAAAGCUUGUUAUUUGACUUUUAUUCGUGGUGUAUGAUAUUUAGAUGAUAAAAACUAAAGAGGAAGCUUGAAUUUUUUCAUUCUGCAGAGCUUGAAGUAUUUCAAAAGUUUGGGAACGACUAGAAACAUCUAAGUGACGAAUAAAUACAUAAAAACGAACCGAAAAAGCGCCAAGGAAAAAAAAAAUCAAAUAUGAACGGGAAAAUGGCAUAAAAAUCAUAGAAAAGAAACAGAAGAAAAUUCAAAAAUAUUAAGAUUAGAUUUUGUUGUGUUGUAUAUGGUAUCCAGACGAUGAAAACAGUUUAAUUAGCAUGAAAAUUUAACUUAUUGUAUUGUAGAGAUCGAAUAUUUAUGCCGUGUUCAAUUUGAUUACGCGAAAUGCAAAAUGCCCGUUAGAGAAAGGGAAAGAUCACUGAACUUUGGAGAGUCAGAGAUCAUUUCGCGUUUCGCGGAAUAAAAUUGAACACGGCAUUAGAAUUGUCUUAUGUUAAUAGUGAAAUAAAAGCAAAAAAAAAAAGCUUGAAAUUGAUGCCGUGUUCAAAGUAAUUUCCGCAAAAUGCAAAAUGAUCUCUGACUCUCCAAAAUUUGGUGAUCUUUUCCUUUCUCUAGCGGGUAUUUUGCAUUUCGCGGAAUCAAAUUGAACACGGCAUGAAGUUAUAAUGCCAUUUUCAAAAUAAUUUCCGCGAAAUUCAAAAUUAUCUAUGACUCUCCGAAAUUCAGUUGUCUUUUCUACUCUCUGACAGCUGUUUUGAACCUCGCGAAACCACUUUUUACACGACAUAAUGACAAAAAAAGGGGGGUCAAACCCACGUUUCUUUUUUCUUGUUGACGUAAAUAAGAGCAAGAUAGAGAGUGGCAGACACGUUGGCUCCGCCUUCCGUUCGAUAAGCGCGUGGCUUUUUUUUUCAUUUUCAUUUUCGCUUCGUUUUUUUUUCUUGAACGUUUGUUGAAAUAGCUUAUUCACGGCCAGCUUGGGACGUAAAGGGGCGUGGCCUGUCUGCGCUCUCCACCAACCAGGCACUAUCUCUUUUAUUAUCGUGUCAGGACCCUUUUUCGAUGGCUCGAGCCAGCCGUGAAUCAGCUAUAGUUAGUUUUGUGAAAAUUAUCAUUUUUCUGGCCUUCUCUACAAGAAUGAUAGUUCAACGUGAUUUUGAGCACUACCUUUCAAAAAAGUGACCUUUUUCAGGUCCUCCCACCACAAAUCCCGGGUCAUGGGAACCAAUGAUAAGAAGGUCCUUUUAUUGGGCGCCGGAAUGGUCAGCGGCCCGUUCGCCGACUUUUACUCCAAACAGAAGGAUGUUGGUUGAAAAAUGAAGACGUGGGGAGGAUUUUGACGUCUUCAGGUCGUCCUGACGGUUGCCACGGAAUCGCAGAUGGACGGACAGAGGCUGAUGACGGCGCCGAAUAUUUCUUCGGUCGUCGUUGACGUCGCCAGGGAGCCUCAUCGCAUUGAGAAGUUGAUCGGGUUGGUUUUGAGCGUGUUUUUCAGGGUUUUUUAUAACUUAUUCCAUUUUUGCAGCCUCCGAAUUGCUACAGUAGCUUUUUCCUUCUAUAUUUUCCCUCUUCCUUGAGUUUUUGUGGUUUUUAGAAAUCUUGCAACUCGUUUUUUCAGUCCUGUUUGGUCUUUGAAGGAUUUUUUCGUUUCUUGUUUGUCCUGGAAGGUGGUUACUUUCAUAUAGAUUUUUUUCAAAGUGAAUACUUUUUUUGAACCAUUGAUUUUUCUCAGGGAACACGACCUGGUCGUUUCCCUGCUACCCUUCAACUUCCACCCGCAAAUCGCCCGCAUGUGUAUCGCAAAUCACCGCGAUAUGGUUACGUCGAGCUACGUUUCGCCUGAAUUGGAAGCUCUCGACAAGGCGUUAGUUUUAUAUUUUUUUUAUGAAAUUCUGCGAAUUUUGCUGAAUUUUCUUCUAGAAUAUUACGCAAGAAAAUCGAAGAAUAUAACUAGAAAAAUUUUUUUUUGCCAUAACUUUAAUUCUAGGACCUUUCUGCUUUUUCUUACUCAUAAUUCGACGAAAUUUCCUCUCCUCAUAGUAUCAUUUUGCAUUUAGAAGAAAGUUCCAGCUUCUCGAAUGGACAUGAAUCCUGAAAAGAGCAUAUUUCAAGCAGAAAAAGAUAGCUUCUGUCGAGUUUUGAGAACUUCUUGAAGAUUUCUAGCCGUUACGCUUCUUUUGAACCUAUUUUCCGACAAAAACGCUCACGGGGGUUGAACCAGAGACUAUUUCAAGUAUAGAAAGAGCUCUUAGCCACUAGGCCGUUGACGAAAACAUAAAAAACUGAAUAAUAAGUCAAUUUUUAGUGCCAAAGAAGCCAACGUGACGAUAAUGAACGAGGCCGGCCUCGACCCAGGAAUCGACCACAUGUUGGCCAUGGAAUGCUUCGACGAGAUCAAAAAUCACGGCGGACGGGUUUUCCUGACGUCAUCUCCUCUAAAAUACUGUAGUAUUACUGUAGGUGACGUCAUUCGUAUCAUUCUGCGGCGGUCUUCCGGCGCCGGAAUGGUCCGACAAUCCAUUGCGGUACAAGUUCUCCUGGAGUCCCAAAGGAGUCCUGACCGCCCUGAUGAACCCGGCUAGGUAUCUGAUGAAUGGAAAGGUGGAUAAAUACCUGAAAAAAUGAAGGUAGAUACAAAGUUCCAGGUGAAAGAAGUACCGUCCGGCGGCGUGGUUGAUAACCUCUACCCCAUCGAUUUCAUGCCCGGACUCAAUUUGAUCGGAUUCCCCAACAGGGACUCGACAAAGUAUGCGGAUAUCUACGGCCUUGGACCCGAGUGUGGAACGUUGUUGAGGGGAACGCUUCGUUAUCAGGUUAUUUUUACGAUGAUGUGAAAAAUUACGGUUCUUAGGAGCUUGAAAAGGUUACAUUGAAUGGAUUUUUGAGCUAAGGGAGUGAAGUUUCUUUUUUUAAAUCAGUUUGAGUACACCAUGAAUUAAAAAAUGAAAUAGUCGAUCUGCAGCUCUCAAAAGUGAUCAAAUAGAAAAAUUUGCAGCCCUCAAAAAUAAUCAUUUAGGUAAAUUUGCAGCUCUCAAAAAUAAUCAAGUAGACCAACUUGCAGCUCUCAAAAUACAACUUGCAGCUCUCAAAAACCUGUUAGAUUGAUUUGCAACUCUCUAAUAUAAUCAAAUAGAUCGAUUUGCAGCUCCCAAAAAAAAAAAAUCAAGUAGACCAACCUGCAGCCCUCAAAAAUAAUAAAUUCGCCCAACUUGCAGCUCCCAAAAAUAAUCAAUUUGACCAACUUGCAGCUCUCAAAAAUAUACAGUUUUACCGAUUUGCAGCUCUCAGAAAUAAUGAUAAAGCAGAAAAAUUUGCAGCUCUCAAAAGUAAUCCAGUAGACCAACUUGCAGCUAUCAAAAAUAAUAAGUUUAACGAAUUUGCAGCUCUUAAAAAUUAUCAAGUAGACAAACUUGCAGCUCCCAAAAAUAAACGAGUAGACCGAUUUGCAGCUCUCAAAAAUCUGUUAGAUUGAUUUGCAAUUCUCUAAUAUAAUCAAGUAGAUCGAUUUGCAGCUCCCAAAAUUUAUCAAGUAGACCAACUUGCUGCUUCCAAAAAUAAUCGAGUAGACCGAUUUGCAGCCCUCAAAAAAGAUUAAGCUGGCCAAAAGCAGCUCGAAAUUGACAAGUCAGCAACCAAUUGACUUUUUCACAAAUUUGGACCAAUUCUAGUUAUUUUGGGCUUUUUCGUGCUCCAAACACCUUCAAGUGCAAGAAAUAAAAACCGACCGCUUUUUCCAGGGAUUCGUCGAAACGGUGAAAGCCCUCCACUCGGUUGGACUUUUGUCCUCAGAACCCACUGAUGCCUUCACUUCUACCAUUGGACCCGAUCAUACCUGGGUACAAAAAUACCUAAAAUUGCCCAUUUUCAAGAAAAAUUGGUUCAGAAAGAGCUGAUGGCGUCGCUUCUCAACAAGAAAUUUGACAUCUUCCCCGAUUCUCUAAGAAAUAUUGCCGCCGAGAAGGUUGAGAACAAGGUUUUCCUGAAGAAAAUGAAAGGAAGGUUGGAAAAAUCGGGGAUUUAGGUCGGAAUGAAGUCCCUGGUGGAGUUGGGACUUUUCUCGGAUGUCGUCGUAGACCGACACAAUACUCCCAUUGACACGUUGGCUCAUUACCUGUCCAAGGUAAUCAGAAAUAAAUUGAGGAUUCGAUGAGAUUUUCCAGAUUCUGGCCUUCAAACCGAAUGAAAGUGAUCUGGUCGUCUUGAAUCAUGAUAUUACUGCUCAGUUGCCAGGUAAGAUUUUGAAAAUGAUGAAAAAAGCCCUCAAAAAAAUAUUCGACCAAUUUGCAGCCCUCAAAAAUAAUCAAAUAGGCAAAUUUGCAGCUCUCAAAAGUAAUCAAGUAGGCAAAUUUGCAGCUCUCAAAAGUAAUCAAGUAGACAGAUUUGCAGCUCUCAAAAAUAGUCGAGAACUUUCGAAAUUUUCCAUAAAAGGCCUGGUUUUUUAAAGGGGACCCCAAACUUCGUUUUUUUCUCUUUCGUAACCUUUUUUGAGGUUAAAUAAAGUCUCUGGGAAUUUUUCUAGUGUUUUCCAAUAAUUUCCUCCUUUUUAUAACUUUACCAACUACAUCCCUGAACCUGAAAAUAUUUAUACAUUCAAUUAAAAAUUCAAAAAACUAGGGAAAUUCAGGAGGAAAAUCGGAGAAACACCGGAUCAGUUUGGUACAGUACGGACACACGGAAGGAUUUUCGGCGAUGGCCCGGACUGUUGGCUACACGACGGCCAUUGUCUCACACAUGGUCCUUAUGAGUACGUUUCAUGGCUCAGUGUUGCUCAUGUUAAAAAAAAACAAGCGAAAAAACCGUAUUUAUUGGUUAAUGUUAUCAAAAGGAGCUAUUUUUCAGCCAAAAAAUUUGUUUUAGUAAAUUUCAGAUUGAAUCCCAAAAGCUCACAUUUCUCAUAAUUGUAUCUCUCAUUGUUGCUCAUGUUAGAGGGGAAGCAGAUUUAAAUUUUCUUUUUUUACUGGUUUAUGUUAUUUAGAAAAGCUAUUUUUCAGCCGAAAAAAUCUAUUUUUGAAUAUUUAAAGGAUCAUUCUCAAAUAUUUUGAAUAAAUUUCAGUCUAAACUUAUUUUUUUUCUCAUACGUUGUAUAUCUCAUUGUUGCUCAUCUUAAAGAAGAGGGAUUUUUUUAGCGAAUAUAUAUCUACCGAAGCUAUCUUUCAGUCGAAAAAAAUGCUAUUUUUUUGAAUAUUUAAAGGACCAUUCUCAAAUUUUUUUGAAUAAAUUUAAGACUAAACAUAUGUUUCUCGUACGGUUUAUAUCUCAUUGUUGCUCAUGUUAAGGAAAACAAAUUUUAAAAAACGAAAAAAGCCAGUUUUCAGCCCAGAAAAUCUCAUUUUUUUUUUGGAUAAUUAAAGGACUUCUACCUCAAAAGAAGAAGAAGAUUUGAAGGACCAUUCUCAAUUUUAUUUGAAUACUUUCCAGACGAAAUCCAAAAGGCGGGAAUCCAAAGACCGAUCCUGAAGCAAGUCUACCGACCGGCGCUCCAACGCUUGAAGGACUUUGGAAUUUCGGCCACCCAUACCGUGACUCCGAUUUGA